GUACCACAACCUUUUGUUUUUUCCCUAAUAGAAAAAUGACAAUAGUUUAUUAUUACCACUACCAAACUCCCAAUGACUUAAUACAUGUAUAUAAGUAAAGAUUCAUCAAAAGGUUAAAAGUGCAAUGAGAAGUGAGAAAACGAAGCGCACACACAAGAUCCAAUAUGGAAGAAGAAAGCACAACAAUCAUCAUGACGUCACUCUCUGCUCUUGCUCCUUCACACCUCACGAGUCUUACUCACACCAUUCUUUCUCUCUCCCACCACCAUCGCCGUCGUCUCGCCUCCGUCCUCUCCUCUCCGACGCUUUUCUCCCUCACUCUCCGCCACCUCCUUUCUCUCUCCCUUCCUCAAAAAACCCUUCUCAUCGCUACUCACCUCCUUUCUCUUCUCCACCCUCUCUUGCUCCACCGUAACCACCACUCUCUCCCCUCCUCCGCCGCCGCGAUGAAGCUCCGGGACCUCGACGCGGUGGUGCUCCUCCUCUUUCUCUGCGAAACGCAUCAGCUAGAUCCCGACGUUCUAGAAGCUUCAGCUGAUAAUUGGCGGGAAAUACUCGGUGCUAUGUGCUCUGACACUAUGUUAAACAGUAUCUCCGGUCUAUGGACUUGCGACGCCGGAAUCUUGAUGCCUUACAUAGAAACUCUAGUUAGAUGCAAAAGAUUCGUCGACAUAAUGGGUGGCUACCACCACCGUCGUCUUGUAGGAGAGAAAGAAGGAUAUGAAAUCCCGGCGGCUAGAGCGGCUGUGGUGGCGCUACGCGCGGUUGAGGUGUUGAACGCCGCCGGAGAAGUAGAAUGCGUGAUAUGCAAGGAAGAGAUGAGAGAAGGAAGAGAUGUCUGUGAAAUGCCAUGUCAGCAUUUGUUCCACUGGAAGUGUAUUUUGCCAUGGCUUAGCAAGAGGAACACGUGUCCUUUCUGUAGGUUUCAACUUCCCACCGAUGAUGUCUUCUCCGAGAUCCAGCGGCUAUGGGACAUCCUCGUCAAGACCAGCGAGUUACACGUGGCGUGAUAAUUACAUGUGCAUGAUACGUGUAUAUCGUUAUCUAUACUAGAUGUGCAAGUACUAUAAGUAUGUAUCAGAUAGGAAUGUUUGGACCGUUUUGAUCUAUAGAAUUUAUGCAAGUUUUUUUCA